AUGACAAGCACCCCUUUACAACUGAUUGACAAAUACAAGUCUGAGAUUCGGGGUGCCAUCAUCUAUGACACUAAAUUGCCAGAUACUGUUAAUCUGGCAUCGACACUUGCUGGUCUUCAUGGCGCUGUUCUCGCAACCGAGGAGCUGGCCCGGCGCUUCAACAUCUCCAUCAUCGAAGACUUACGACGUCGAUUCAAAGACAAAUUCGAGCUGUACGACCAUGCAGCUCGGGAGGUGUGGCCCAAGGUCACUGAUCGUAUAAUCACAGCGAUAAAGCCUCUUUCGAUUAUCCUGUACGCUAACAGAACCUGGACAACCCUUUUGAAGGCAAACUCGUCCAUUACCGACUCUUCCAAUAAUGGCACUUAUGCAGUCGAUCUAUCCCCUUUCAUGAACGGCAACGGAAUUGUCUACGUCAAUAUCACAGAUGCUUUCCCCGCAGAUGGCUAUGGCCCCUCCGUCUACCACGUCAAGGUUGCUGGCGAUGGUAAUAGGACCAUCGCAGAUUUUAGCCCUGGCAGCGAGGCGGAAGACUCCUUUCUCUUCGACGACGGUGGCUCGCACCUGGCAGACUACCCCGGGGGCUGGCGCUUCGCAGACGGAGCAUCCGCAAUGAUUUACAAGUUUGACUAUCCGCCCCAGACGACUAACCUUACACUCACCCUGUCCAUGUGGAAUCAGUUUCUCGUUUCGGCAACGUCAGCUCGGCCGGGCUACUACAAGGCCAACUCUAUCUUCCGCGACUACAUCGUCAGCACAGCGGCUCCCUGUAUAUGGCUGGAUAGCAACAGACCGCGGGAAGCAGCGCUGCUUGACAAACUCCUACGCCAGUUCCAGCCCAACGCGGCGUACCUCGGCUGGUUCCCAAACGGCGAUGAGAUGACCGGUGUCACGCAACUCGCGAGGAACGGCUUAUAUGUAGCCGCCACGGACUUUUACUUCAACCCUACGAUCUUCAGCGGUUUCAAUACCAAAAACCAGUCUCAGCAGUCUGCGCCGGGUGGGCCACCGUGGCGGCCUCCGCCUCCUCCAAAAAGAACACCCAAGGUCUUUUUGUCACUCGUCUACCUCGAAGGCGACAACAUACAGUAUGACCAGCGCAGCAUGUUUCAACAUUGGAACGACUCCGCGAGGGGAUCAGUCCCGCUCGGGUGGACUAUCAGCCCGUUGCUGCACGAUAUCGGGCCGGGCAUCCUGUCGUAUUAUCAAAAGACAUCCACGGAGAACGAUUUGUUGAUUGCCGGGCCCGACGGCGCAGGGUAUACGUAUCCCGGGGUCUGGCCUAGACGAGCUCUCUCUACCUUCUUGACGCAGAGCGGUGAGUACAUGCGGGCGACACAGACGGACGAGGUGUUAUUCGUGUACGACCGCAUCAACGCCACAGAUAACCCGCUCACGCCGGGGCUAACUCUUGGCUUUCGUGACGCCGUGGGGAGGAAUAGGCUGCGGGGGAUAUACUACGGGUCCUUUGUUUCCACGGUAGAUGCACUGCAGGUUAAUGUUACGGAGGGGUUCCCGGUGACAAACAUGGUGAGUAUUGGGAACGAGGAGAGUGGUGCGGCGACGUUGCGGAAUAUCUCGGAUAAUUGGAGGGGUCGGGGGCCUCUUUUUGUGGCGGGCGCGAUUAGUGCCUUUGAUAUGACGCCGACGAGUGUUGCUAGUAUGGUUAAGCAGUUGGGGGAUGAGUUUGAGGUUGUGAGGCCUGAUAUGUGGUUUGAGCUGUUGAGGAGACGGGAGAGUUGGCCUGGCCUUGGUUAG